ACAAAAAAUGAACAAAUUAAUCAAAUACAUAUACAAAUAUAUAUAAUACACAUAACGUUUACACUAUGAGGUUUAUUUGAAAAUGGUUUGUUUAUAGUUGGGAUAGGGAUAGGACAAAGUAUUUUAACAUUCAACAAUGUACAAUAUUCAUCGUGAUUGUUCCAAAGUGUUUAGUUAAAGCUAAUAUCAUGUAUCUGAAGUGAAUUUUAAAUCUACAUUGCCAGCUCAAAGAAAGAAUUGUGCAUUAAGCUGCUUUGCUCAUUUUAGGUUGCUGAUCAUUUCUUCAGGAUUGUCACUGCGUCUCAAUAUGACUAGCUUGAUUUGUAGGGUCUAUGGGACAGAAACACAGUCACAAUGAUGCUCUAACAAUACAAAAUAUCACAAAUCAAGAAAUAAUACAUGAUGAGUUAGAAAACAAAUAUAUAGACAAGCUGUAUCCAUAUACGCCCCUGUCAAAAUAUAUUCACAAAUCUAUUGUUUUGUUUGCUUCUGUGACUGAUUCUGUAACACACUUAUCCCAUAUCUGAGAAAAAAAACGAUGAAUAUUGACAGGAAAUACAAAGACAAUAUGGAAUGACAGAUGGAAACCAUUCACCAGUCACAGAGUGAGAGGCAAGCAUUAUUAUUGUGACAUUUCACACAUAUUCCCCCGUUGAUUUGGCUACUCCUCUGAGAAUAACAGAUUUGAGUCUACCAGGAGGGAUAUAACAAUUCGAAACAGUGGGGUUGAAUUUCAAAUAAACAGCAAGUUUUACCUUUUGGCACUCAGGGUGGGGGUUUCGCAAGACCCGCAAGGGGGUUUUUAUUAUAUACACACCCAUGGUUGGCUCCACCUGAUGUAAAUGAUGCACCGUGUUAUUUGUUAAAAAAUCAUCAUGCCUGUCAUAUAAAUUUCACAGGGUAAAUGUAAAAGACAACAGAUGUUGAUUGUGUGUGAAAUACCCAUGGGCAGAUGGGCAUACUAUGUAUUUAGUACAUAUAUAGUAUAUUUGCACCGCAGUAGCACCACAUGAUUUUAGAAAUUCUGUGUGAAAUAGAACUAAUUGAAAAUCAAUUACACUGUGUGUGGGGGGGUGCCUUUGAUUGCUUUCACCUUGAAUGAAGGUUAAUGCAACACGAAUCAGUGCUCAAAUCGAGGAAAUGGGCCAAUCGCAUGAAGUAUGCAAAAGUGGGUACACUUUUUAAUUCAUAUUGCUCUUUUCAUUUUAGUCAGGACUCAUUAAAGCAAGUGAGUGGUAUAUGCACACAGUGCACAGUUGUAAAGGUCAGCUGGUUUAUAUAAAUUGAUAUGCCCUUUCUGCCAUUGCACCAAAGAUCCGCAACAGGUCAUUUUAUCAGCCACCUAAUUAAAAGGUCCAAAAGGCCAAAGGAGCUCCGUCUAACAUUUGCAAGAUCAAAAAGAAAAAAAAGGAAACUUCAAUCUCACAUUGUUCCAAUUCAGUGGAUGCCCAGAGGCGAAGCAGUCAAAGACAAGCACCAUAAAUAAGUUAAAGCUUAAUUUUCCAUUCAUGCGACAUCUAGUGACGCCAGGGUGGUGGAGGGUUGGGAUCUGAAACUGACCUCAACGUCUUUCAUGUGGAGUGCACAGGCUGACAGGCAAUGGAUCAGACUUGCGUUGAUGUGAAGCGUCCUGAUACAAAUGAAGAACAGUGCACACAUCAAGAUAAGACAGAUGCAGAUAAUACGGAGGAAAAGCUAAUCAGCUCUCACAAGCACCUGUGGAAACCAUGGAAACAUGAGCGGUCACGGAUCAGAGACUGUGUGCUGUGUGUGAAGAAGACGAUGGUCUCUUUGGCUAGUAUGGAGUGGUAUUGUUAUGCCCUUUUAGGCAUGCUUACUGCUCUAAUAAGCUUCUUCAUGGACACGACUGUGACCAAGGUGCUGAACGCUCACCAGUGGCUGUACGGUUGUCUUAAGGGUCACCACCUGCUGCAAUUCCUCUGCUGGACGCUGUACCCUGCCUGCCUCUGUGCUUUAUCCACUGGAUUUUCACACAGCAUCUGCCCAUCCUCUGCAGGUUCUGGUGUUCCUGAGGUGAGAGCUAUUCUCUUAGGGAUGGACAUGCCAGAUUACCUGUCCCUUUCCAAUUUGUUUGCUAAAGUGGUUGGAUUGACCUGCACGCUCGCCUCAGGCAGCACUGUGUUUCUCGGCAAAGUGGGUCCCUUUGUCCACUUAUCCACUAUGGUGGGUGCGUUCAUGAAUCGCCUGCAUGUUUCCUGUCGUGGCGGAAAGCAGAACAUAUCGAAAGGAGAAAUGCUGGUUGUGGCAUCAGCAGUGGGCGUGGCAAGCUGUUUUGGGGCUCCAAUCAGUGGGGUUUUGUUCAGUAUAGAGGUGAUGGGGUCUCAUUAUUCGGUCAGAGAUUACUGUCCCUGCUUCUUUGCAGCCGCUUGUGGAGCAAUAACCUUCAGAUUGCUUUCUGUUUGUAGCAGAGAUCAAGAAACCAUCCAGGCCCUGUUUAAAACCAGCUACCCUGCUGAGUUGCCUUUCCAGCCGUUUGAAAUAUUUCUCUUUGCUUUAGUUGGGCUGAUCUGUGGUUUUAUCUGCUGUUUUUACUUAUACUGUCAUCGCUGGGCUCUGCGGUUUGUCAAGACAAACAAACCCAUCAGCAGACUUUUGGCAACAGAAAAGGCUAUUUAUUCAGCCAUCGUGGCAUUUCUUCUCGCCUGCUUUACGUUUUAUCACUCGGCAGGACGUUUCAUAGCUGCUGAGCUCACAAUGAAGCAGCUGCUUUCUUCCCUGUUAGAUGCCACAUCAUGGUACAACAUUUCCCAGAAUUCCACAGGGCUGCCUGAGCCCCAGAACACAUUCUGGCAGGCAUGGAACCCACCGGAUGGAAGUUACUUCAAAACACUGGGAAUGUUUAUUCUUACUAAGGUUGGGCUGUUGGUUGUGGCGUGUACCUUGCCUUUACCUGCUGGCUACUUCAUGCCAGUGUUUAUUUAUGGUGCUGCUGUUGGGCGUUUUGUGGGUGAGGUGUCUGCCUAUGUUUUCUCAGCAAAGCUUCAGUUAAACCCGGGGGGCUACGCUUUAGCAGGAGCAGCAGCUUACUCUGGGGCUGUAACACAAACGCUCUCUCCUGCCUUAUUGGCUAUAGAGAUGACCGGCCAGUGUACUCAUGCGGUCCCUGCCUUGGUUGCUACGUUGAUAUCCAACGCGGUGGCUCGAGCAAAGCAUCGCCCAUCUUUCUACGAUGGCAUAUCCCUUAUUAAAAAGCUCCCACAUUUGCCAUCUUUCAUCCGGGCUUGUCCAAAGUUGGCCUCAGUUCAGAUCAAGCAGUUUGAGAUCCCAACAGGUGUAGUGCUGGAGAGAGCUGAGGGACUGACAAGUGUGCAGAAAAUCUUAAAUGUUAACACGGAGACCGAAUUCCCUGUUGUGGACUCUCAUGACUCUCUCACUCUCCUGGGCACAGUCAACAGAUCACUGCUGCGAGACUUUCUGUAUGAGCAUAAAGAUGAGGGGUUGUGUAAACAGUUAGAAGAAGCAUGUGCUAUUCAACCUGUCAGACUACAACUGACUCCAGAAACCACAGUACAGCAGGCCCAUUGUAUCAUGAACAUGACGGGCGAGAGGUGUUUGUUUGUAACGGAGAAUGGGCGGCUGUGUGGUGUCCUCACACGGAAUGAGAUGAAGAAAAUAAUCGAAGAGAUGGCAAAGGAGGUCUAAUGCAUGGAUGAGAAGCCCAAAUGUUAGAACAGGCAUUGAUUUAUGCUUCCCACUUAAAUCUCAUUAUUGUAAUAAUCAUCCGUAAUGUUUCUUUUGGUGGUGAUUUUACUUGCAUUAUUAUAUGGAAAUCAAGCAAUAAUUAUUCAUUGUAAAAUAAUGAGAAGGUGAUCUUCUCAUUGAAAUGAAGCAGGAGUCCAACUGGGCUAAACUCCCCAAAAGAUUUUCUACUUCUAACAACAUCAUAACAUUUUCCUAAAUAUGUAAUAUUCAUGUCCAUAUGGUCAUUGUGUGCAGUGACCAGAGGUAAAUUUUGAGGUAGAUUACAGUUGCAUUCUCAGAUUGUGUGGUUUAGCCAAGUCAAUAAGAAAUUGUAUAUAUUUUUCAUCGACAGUUUUAGGCCAUGUUGUCUUAAUUGAUUGAACCCAACUGUUCUAACACCAUGAGCUAUAGUGAUUACAUUAUAACCGAUACUGACCGUCUUUAAAACUGACCCUGUUACAUACAGUCAAACAAAAAGUUAUUCAGGCACCAGAUAUAUUUUUUUAGUGGGUGCAGGACACUGUAGUUCGUUUGUGAGGAUAGCAAAAUAAAGUAAACUGUCAUAUUAUAGUCAAAAAAUCUUUAUACAGUGGACUACCAGUAAAAUUGAUCAAAAUUUGGGACCAAAUUAUUCAGACCCUUUGACCUGACCAUGUUUUGCUUAAGUGUUUUUUCUUUAAUUGCUAAUGCGACCUUUUUACACCACAGACUGAACAAAAUGAAGCAUUGCUUGUUGAUUGGUUGCCCUAAAUUGGUAUUAUCAAAUUGUGUACUUAAAUUUAACAGCUGACAGAAACAACUGAAUGAAAUGGACUAUCUUGUUGUAACCCCUCAUGGCUUAUCUACUAUACUGUAUGACCAACACUGGAAUAAAAGAGCAGUUCUGAA